AUGUGCAUGGAGCCACAGGGCCCCCACAUCUCUGAGGAGCAGUGCGCGUGUUUUCCACAAGGGGGCAGCACUGUGCGGCUCCGUCUCCAUUUGGACAAACAGGCUGCGUUUGGGUUGGCCUCAUCAGGGGCGGCUGUUUUCUCAGACCAACUUCCAAUUUCCCCCACCCCCAAAAUCCAGAGCAGCCCACCAGCCAAAACUAUUGGGCUGAAAAAUCUGGUGCGUAAAAGUCCCAUGGAGCGAGAGACGCGCCUGGGUUUACGGACCGCGGGCUGUGGAGCGAGCGCCCGUGAUUUCCCAAGUGUUUUUCAGCGGUGGGACAGAAAGAGCGAGGGGGGAAGAAGUUCUGUCUGCUUGAAGAUUUGUCAGAUCGUGCAUGUCCGCGGAGACUCGCAGACCGAGCUGGAGGCCCUGUUCAACGCAGUGAUGAACCCGGGCAAAGCGCAGAGGCCCUCGGUGCCCAUGAAAGACCGCAAACUGCCCAAGUCGUUUUUCACGCAGCCAGAGCCCCGAGGCCACUCCAGACAAGCCAGUUCAGAUGGAGGUGUGUCCAACACGCUCACUCCACGUCAUGUUCGCGCUCACUCCUCCCCUGCCAUCCUGCCCCCACAGGCAGACGUGACCACUGCCCCCAUCAUCCCGGACGACAUACCCCUGCCCCACGGCUGGGAGAUGGCCAAAACUCCCACUGGGCAACGCUAUUUUCUCAAUCACGUUGAUAAGACUACAACCUGGCACGACCCUCGCCUGACACAGCUUCAGGCGGCUGCAGCUCAACAUCCUCUCUCUGGGCCCCCAGCCCACACCAAUGCCCACAGCAACCAGGCUCCCACUGUGCAACCAGCAAACAUCAGCACAGAUACAGGUCCUCUGCCUGAAGGCUGGGAGCGGGCUGUGUCUGGAGAUGGAGAUGUGUACUACAUCGAUCACAUAAAUAAGAGCACCUCAUGGGUCGACCCGCGUCUAGCGAAGAUGAACCCUGGGCUCCUGAGCUUGGCAAUACAGCAGAGGCAGGAAAACGAGAGGCUGCGGUGUAAACAGCAGGUUACCUCACAGGAUUCCGGAGUAAGAAACAGAAUGACCAGUGGGAUGGACCAUGACAGAAACACACAGACUCUUGUAUCUCCGCUGGACGUUCGGAUCAGAGCUUCAAAUCAUGAGCCAACACUGAACGGGGCUCACUCUCGCAAUGAGAGCACAGACAGCGGCCUCAGCGUCAGCAGCCUCCCGCGCUCUACAGACCACAUGCUCAGCCCAGUGGAUCACAUGGACACCGGUGAUUCUGGUGAGAGCUCCACGCUGACUCUCCAGGAGUCCAUGCCGCCGGUGUUGCCAAUGUCAGAGGGUGAUGAGCUGAUGGGGCUGAGCUCAGACCUGCUGAUGGACAUGGAGACGGUCCUCUCUGGGUCACACAUGGACAGGGACAGCCUGCUCACCUGGCUUUAG